AUGGUCCAGAAAAACCAGUCCAGUGCCACUGAAUUCCUCCUCUUGGGGCUUUCUGAGAGCCCAGAGCAGCAGCCCCUUCUAUUUGGCAUCUUCCUGGCCUUGUACCUGGUCACCAUGCUAGGAAAUCUGCUCAUCAUCCUGGCCAUCGGCUCUGACCCCCACCUCCACACCCCCAUGUACUUCUUCCUGGCCAACCUCUCUUUGGCUGAUGCCAGUUUUUCUUCCACCACGGUUCCCAAGAUGCUGGUGAACAUCCAGACUCACAGUCAGACCAUAUCCUACGGGGGGUGUUUGGCCCAGAUGCACUUGUUCAUGACAUUCGGGGCACUGGAUGACUUCCUCUUGGGGGUGAUGGCCUAUGACCGCUAUGUGGCCAUCUGCCGGCCCCUUCACUACUCCACACUCAUGAGUCCUCUUGUGUGCAUGCUCCUUCUGGCAGCAUGCUGGGUUCUCACCAACCUCGCUGCCCUCUUGCACACCCUGCUCAUGGCCAGGCUUUCUUUCUGUGCAGACAACACUAUCCAUCACUACUUCUGUGACGUGGUUCCUCUGCUGCAACUCUCCUGCUCAGAUACCAGCAUCAACCAGGUCGCCCUGUUCAUUGUGUGCUCUAUGAUACUGACUGGUCCUCUCUCCCUGAUCAUCCUGUCAUACGCACGUAUCAUCUCCAGCAUCCUCAGGGUCCCAUCUGCCUCUGGCAGGCAAAAGGCCUUUUCCACCUGUGGGUCCCACCUCACGGUGGUCUUCUUGUCCUACGGCAUGGCAAUCGGGGUCUACCUGUGUCCUCCUUCAUCACAUUCUAGGGGUGAGGACAGGCUUGCGGCUGUGUUUUACACUGUGGUGACACCGAUGCUGAACCCCUUCAUUUACAGCCUCAGGAACAAGGAUAUGAAGGUGGCACUGAGCAGGCUUUUGAAAAACCAGUCCAGUGUCACUGAAUUCCUCCUCUUGGGGCUUUCUGAGAGCCCAGAGCAGCGGCCCCUCCUCUUUGGCAUCUUCCUGGCCUUGUACCUGGUCACCAUGCUAGGAAAUCUGCUCAUCAUCCUGGCCAUCGGCUCUGACCCCCACCUCCACACCCCCAUGUACUUCUUCCUGGCCAACCUCUCUUUGGCUGAUGCCAGUUUUUCUUCCACCACGGUUCCCAAGAUGCUGGUGAACAUCCAGACUCACAGUCAGACCAUAUCCUACGGGGGGUGUUUGGCCCAGAUGCACUUGUUCAUGACAUUCGGGGCACUGGAUGACUUCCUCUUGGGGGUGAUGGCCUAUGACCGCUAUGUGGCCAUCUGCCAGCCCCUUCACUACUCCACACUCAUGAGUCCUCUUGUGUGCAUGCUCCUUCUGGCAGCAUGCUGGGUUCUCACCAACCUCGCUGCCCUCUUGCACACCCUGCUCAUGGAGAGGAGCAUGAAGAGGGAAAAUCAGAGCAGCGUGUCCGAGUUCCUCCUCCUGGGACUCCCCAUCCGGCCAGAGCAGCAGGGCGUGUUCUUUGCCCUGUUCCUGGGGGUGUACCUGACCACGGUGCUGGGUAACCUGCUCAUCAUCCUGCUCAUCAGGCUGGACCCUUGCCUCCACACCCCCAUGUACUUCUUCCUCAGCCACUUGGCCCUCACUGAUGUCUCCUUUUCAUCUGUCACUGUCCCUAAAAUGCUGAUAAACAUGCACACUCAGGAUCAAUCCAUUCCCUAUGAAGGGUGCAUAACACAGAUGUAUUUUUUCAUAUUUUUUACCAAUCUGGACAAUUUCCUGCUCACUUCAAUGGCCUAUGAUAGGUACGUGGCCAUCUGUCACCCUCUCCACUACACCACUAUAAUGGGACAGAGGCUGUGCACCUUACUAGUAACUGUGUCCUGGAUUCUCUCCUGCACCAAUGCCCUGUGUCACACCCUCCUCCUGACCCGGCUCAUGAAGAGGGAAAAUCAGAGCAGCAUGUCUGAGUUCCUCCUCCUGGGACUCCCCAUCCGGCCAAAGCAGCAGGGUGUGUUCUUUGCCCUGUUCCUGGGGGUGUACCUGACCACAGUGCUGGGCAACCUGCUCAUCAUCCUGCUCAUCAGGUUGGAUGCUCGCCUCCACAUCCCCAUGUACUUCUUCCUCAGCCACUUGGCCCUCACUGAUGUCUCCUUUUCAUCUGUCACCAUCCCUAAAAUGCUGAUAAACAUGCAAACUCAGGAUCAAUCCAUCCCCUAUGCAGGGUGCAUAACACAGAUGUAUUUCUUCCUCUUUUUUACUGAUCUGGACAAUUUCCUGCUCACCUCGAUGGCCUAUGAUCGGUACGUGGCCAUCUGUCACCCUCUCCACUACAGCACCAUCAUGGGACAGGGGCUGUGCACCUUACUAGUAACUGUAUCCUGGAUUUUCUCCUGUGCCAAUGCCCUGUGUCACACCCUCCUCCUGACCCAGCUGUCCUUUUGUGCUGACCACACUAUCCCCCAUUUCUUCUGUGACCUUGGUGCCCUGCUGAAGCUCUCCUGCUCAGACACAUCUCUCAAUGAGCUGGCCAUUUUCACAGCAGGAGUGGCCAUCAUCAUCCUCCCAUUCAUAUGCAUCUUGAUCUCUUAUGGACGCAUUGGGACCACCAUCCUGAAGGUCCCCUCCACCAAGGGGAUCUGCAAAGCAUUGUCCACAUGUGGCUCCCACCUCUCUGUGGUGUCUCUGUAUUAUGGAACAAUUAUUGGACUGUAUUUUUUCCCCUCAUCCAACACCUCCAGGGACAAGAGCACCAUUGCUUCUGUGAUGUACACAGUGGUCACUCCACUGCUGAACCCCUUCAUUUAUAGCCUAAGAAACAGGGACAUGAAGGGGGCCCUGGAGAGACUCUUGCACAGGGCAAAAGUCUUAUCUCAAUGA